AUGCAAGCGGACGUGCUGAUCGUCGGGUCCGGGCCUGUGGGCUCGACCUUCGCCCGUGAGUUGCUUGACGGUAAUCCGGACUUGAGCGUCCUUAUGAUCGACAGCGGGGCCCAGCUGUCCAAAACACCAGGGGAGCAUCUCAAGAAUUCUUUCCUGUAUCAGCGGGACGUCAAUCUCUUCACCCAUGUGAUUGAGGGGCACCUGGAGCCUGUGUCUGUUCCUACCGACCAGUCAACCGUGCCGACUCUGGAUCCCGGCGCCGCUAACUACCAAAAAACCAUUCGACACGGCCAGAACCCUGAGCAGAAGGCCGAUGAGAACCUGCCGGACAUCGCGGUGUGCUACGCCGUGGGCGGGAUGUCCACCCACUGGACCUGUUGCACACCCAGAGAACACCCCACUGUGGAGAGAUGGGGUGGAUUAUCCGACCAGGAGUGGGACGAGCUGUACAAUCGUGCUGAGGGCCUCUACAAAACUAACCAGGACGCUUUCGAAAACUCUGUGCGCAACAGAGCUGUGAAGGAAGCCCUUCAGCGGGAGUACCGGGAUGAGCUUCCCGAUGACUACGGCGUGCAGAACCUCCCACUGGCCUGCGAACGUCGCACGGACAAGACGGAAUUCGUAACCUGGAGCUCGGCCAGCACCAUCCUUGGGCCGCUUUUGAACAUGCCGAAAGACAAGUUUCAGAUACUGGACCAGCACCAGUGCGUCGAGCUGGCCCACGACGGCAGUAGCGUGCAGUACGCUCUGGUCAGGAAUCUGGCGAACUGGAACGAGAAGUUCCAGAUCCGGGCAAAGCUGUUCUUGCUGCUCUGGCGGUCUAACAUCCGCCCUGACGCCUUGGGCCGUUACCUGUGUGAACAGCCAAUGGCCUUCUGCCAGGUCGUGCUGCGGCAGGACAUCAUUGACGGCAUGGCCAAGUGCCCGUGUACCGUGGACCAGUGCGACCCCAUCCCGAUCCCCAUUGAUGAUCCCGAUCCUCAGAAAGAACGUGACCAGCAGCACGCCAUGAUGGAGGACAUGCUGCGGGCUGCCGGGGCCUUGGGCGGGUUUCUCCCGAUCACACCGCCGCAGUUCAUGCCGAUGGGUCUCUCCCUGCAUCUGACGGGUUCGGUGCGAAUGGGUAAAGACCAAAUCUCCUCUGUCGUGGACGACUGCAGCAAGGUGUGGGACUUUGACAACCUGUAUCUCGGCGGAAAUGGCGUCAUCCCUACCGCAACAGCAUGUAACACCACUCUCACCAGCUCCGCACUGGCCAUCCGUGCAGCCCGCAGUAUCCUUGAGAACUGGGAUGACAUAGAAGAACGUGCCGGGCAAAGACAAGAGUGUGAAGGGCAUGGACAUAUCCGCCGUAUGUAGAUGGAAAAGGAAACCUAAUAUGAAUAUUUUACCAUAAAACAAUUUCUGGAAAUGAAAGAAUUUUGUGUCUUGAUCGUUCAACCUUUGAUGGAAUCAGAACAAAACGUCACGGUAAAUUUGAAUGGACUAAACACCACCGUCGGUAGCUUUGUUUUGUUCAGUAGGCAGACAGUCAACUGUUUUAGGGCUAUAGUACCCACGUACCUUGAGACAUCACGGAGUUCAUUGCUGGUGAUUACUAGUAUUAGGCAGCCUCAUCAUGACUAGUUAAUGAGGACAAUAGUAUCAACGUGUUUUCAUGGUAUAUUUUACGUACCUUUGGGUGUUAUUUGUAUUAAAGUAUUAAUCCUAGUUGUCAAAUGUAACCUAAAUAUGAUUUAGAGGUCGCUGAGUCACUGUUUAUUCUGCUUCAGUCACUUAUGAAUUAUUAUAUAUUCAUAAACAAAAGUAGCCCCUAGGAAGUUCAUCUCUUGAGAGCAUGAUAUCAGGAUCUAGGUAAAGGGUGAACUCGAGAAUUGCUUCAUUAAUGCGAUGAACUUUGAAAAAACAUACAACAGGUCAAACGUAAGAAACUAUAAUAGGAAACACCUUCUGUUUCGUUAUAGGUAAACUUAGGUAUCAUCUAUUGUUAUUUCAUAUAUAUAUUGCAUAUCUCGGCAUAUAGUAUCAGGUUAUGUCAUGGUAUGUUAUCAUUAUAAUAAGGUAUAAUGUAAGGAAUAUACAAACUUUG